UCUUCGAUCAAACGCUGCAAUGCUGGGGGAAAUUUGUGAGUAAUGGGAGGUUUUGAUUCAAUCUAGAGCCCAGAGUGUCGCCGAGGGCGCCGAGAACGCGGCCCAGGAUGUCAAGGAGGCUUUUGGAGCGUCCCAGCCUGGAUUGUCGACGCAUGCUCCUCAGGAAGUCCAGCAGCAGCAGGGAUCUGGAUGGUUCCAGAAGGGAUUUCUACUGCCAGAGGACGAGAGGGCUGAGGAUUCCAGUCACGGGCAGCAGAAGAUCGAUGAAUCGAAGCACAGGAUCGAUGAAGCCAAGCACAAGACCGAGGAACAUGGCAAGGGUUUGCUCGGUGCGCUGGGAGAAAUCGCCACGAAUAUCAAGAACGCUGUCGGGGGCGUCACAGAGGACGCCAAGGAACAGGGACGUCAUAUGGCGGACAGGGCUCGAGAGACUGCUGGGGAAUACCAAGGAAAAACCGAGGAUCAAACUGACCGAGCCAGAGAAAGAGCCGACGACACGAAAAAAUCCGCUAGAGAGACCAAAGACGAUAUCAAGGAUCGAGCUGGCAAGACAGUGGACGAUACAAAGAGGUCCGCGAGAGAAACCAAGGAUGAGAUGACUGACAAAGCCAAGAGAACCACCGAUGAAACAAAGAAGUCUGCGAGAGAAACCAAGGACGAGGUGACAGACAGAGCGAAGAGGACCACCGAUGAAACAAAGAAGUCUGCCAGAGAAACCAAGGACGAGGUGACAGACAAAGCAAAGAGGGUCGCCGAUGAAACAAAGAAGUCUGCGAGAGAAACCAAGGACGAGGUGACAGACAAAGCAAAGAGGUCCGCCGAGGAAACGAAGAAAUCUGCAAUAGAAACCAAGGACGAGGUGAAAGAUAAAACUCAGAGAACGGUGGACGAUACGAAGAGGUAUGUGAGGGAAACCAAGGACGAGGUGACGGACAGAGCUCGGAGUGCUGUGGAUGAAACAAAACACAAGGCUGGAGACGCAGCGGACAGAGCUUCGGAGCAAGGCAAAGGCCUGUUUGGAGCACUCGGUGAGAUGGCUAGUAACUUGAGGAACGCUGUGGCCGGGACUACCGAGGACGUGACGCACGAUAGAACCGAGCGAGUUGGCAACAGAGCCGAUGAGCUGAAGGAGAAAGGCAAGAAUGCGGCGGAUGACUCGGUUGACGAGACAAAAGACGAGGCUUCUGAGCGAGGCAAUGCUCUCUUGGAUCGUGUCAAAGGCACCGCGGAAGACACACGUAACAAGGUGUAUGAAACGAAGGAUGAGGCUGCAGCAAGAGGGAUCCGGGUGGUGGACAAAGUCAAGGAUACGGCGGGGAUCUUGAAGCAGAAAAGUGAAGACGCUGUCGAAAAUGUAAAGCACAAGACCGAUGAGACGGCAGAUCGAGGCAAAGGUGUACUGAAUUACGUCAAGGGUGUUGUCACAACGCCAACAGCCGGAGAGCACCAAGAACAUCGGCCACAGAAAGCAGAAGCCCCUCAACCACAGCAACGUAACCUUCGAGAAAAAUACGACGAGGCAAAGAGCAAAGCCAGAGACAAUGCCGAGAAAGUGAAGGAAAACACCAAGCAACGCAUGGAGGCGGCGACUGAAGCUGGCAGGGGGAUCCUGGACGCAAUCGGGGAUGUGGCUUCCGAGUUCACGGACGUAUUACAGGGAUCGAUUCGUCAUGUACAGUCCGUGUCGGCUCGUGAGGUUGACGCACAGCGCGCGAUGUCGGCAGCUCAAGGCAGAACGCAAGUGCCUCCCAAUCUCGCCAAACUCAACGACGCUGCCCGCGAGGAGACCGAGCGGAUUGUAGCUGAGCAAAAAGUGCUGGAUGAUGCUGCUGCCACCGCAUCGUCUUCACCACCACCAACUAAAGAGCAGGACAAGAGCGUCAUUGAAUCCGUGGCUGAGUGGGUCGUGGACAGGAAGCAGCAGCUUACAGACGAGAUGACACAGCGCGUAGUCGAAGCAGAGAAAGCUAAGCAGGACGAGGAGAGGAGCAAGCGCUAGCUUGGAGCGUGUACCAGGUA